CAAAAUAAGCGUUUCCGCUUCCGAAGUCGCGUGUCUUGCAGCGAUUCUUGUAUCGCGUCUUCCCCGCAUGAGAAGCUGAGUUCGACUCAAGCGCAGAUUUCGAGGCAUUUUAUAGACCUCACGUCGAAGUAAAUACCAGCAUUUUGAGAAAUACAGACGCCUUCAAAGAUGAGCAGCACGUUCGCGCGCGUAAGGCUGCGGUUUGACCAGCCGCCUCCGCUCCUGUUCGGGUCCGGGCCGGGAGCCUGGCUGCUAGUCGACAUGGACUCCUGCCGCCUGGUGGCCGACCUGGAGUUCCUCAUCAAGCGGCGCUUCGGCAUGAGCAGGCGGAGGCGCCUCCACCUGUGGCUGGACGGGUUCCUCCUGCCGCCCACCGAGAAAAUAGCAGUGGUUCGGGACGGAGAUAUCAUCAGUGUUGAACAGACAGAAGAGUCAACAAGUGACCACUCUGUCCCGCCAACAUCCGGUAACCAGGUGACCACCAGUGAGAGGAGACAGAAGAAGAGGAAAGUACAGACAAGUGAGGAGGAUGAAGAUGAGCCAGGUCCAGCCAAGCUCAGGAUACAGAACAAAGACAGAAAGAGGAAGAAGCAGAAGUUCAAUGGAAGUGACAGUGGAGUCAGUACUAGUUCAUCUGCAGUGCCAGUUCCUGCCAAGGUGGCUGAUAAAAAAACGAAAGACAUACAAAAGGCACAGACAAAGAAGAAAGAAAUACAGAGUAAGAAUCCUGGAAAACCAAGCAAAGUAGCCCCUAUAGCUCCUAAAGCAAGCAGAACAGGAAACAAAAAACACAUUUCUAAACCUGCAGUGUCUAAGGGUUCUGCUAUCAAUGGAGGCAAACAGAACAGUACCAAGAUUGUGAAACCUGUUGCAACAAAGUCUAGAGGAAAGGCUAAGGACUCGAGUAGUAGCAGCAGCUCAGAGGAUACUAGCAGCAGUUCAGAGGACACUGACAGUGACUCAAGCAGUAGCGACUCAAGUUCAACUUCAAGUGAUACUAGUAAAGAAGUCAAGCCAAGGAGCAGUGUGAAUGUGAACACAAAGACAUGCAAUAGACCAGGCCUGGUUAGUAAGCCUCAGCAAAGGAAAAACAAACCUGAUAAUAGCAGUGAUACUGGCACAAGCAGCAGUGACUGUAGUUCAAGUGAUACAGAUGGUAAUGUCAGUGUUAACAAACAAACACAGAGCAGACAAGCUGCUGUUGGUAUUCCUGAACAAAGGCACUCUAACCCUAUAUCGAAUGGGAAGAUGUCCUCUUGCAAUGCCGGAAAGGUUUCCUCUAUUGGUGGGACUAUGUCACAAGCCCACAUCUCAGUCCCAGCAGCUUCACCUAUGAUACAGGCACGUGACACCAGACAUGUGUCUGUACUGAGUCUGAAUGUACCCAUCACUCAUGGACUCCAGGCUGUCACUGGAACCGGAAAACAACAACCAGCUUCUAGCAGUCAUCUCCAUAAAGGGAAAGCUACUGGUUCACCAUCAAAGGGUCACAUUGUGUUUGAUUCAGACUCGGAGAGUGACUCCAGUGGGACAGGUAGUAAAGGGGAGGAUACUAGUAUACAGCCCCAUGCACCAGACAGGGUCAUGGCCAGCCACAUAGAUGUCCCACAGACAAGCACAACUCAAGCCCCUGACCAAACCAUUAAUGGGAGAAGACAGUCUUCCAGAUUAGAAGAUGCCCUGCCUCCAGCCCCCCCACCUGUACCUAAGGACUACACUGCCUUCCCACCGCUCCAUGGACCACCUCGAGUGGGGGAUAGGAUUGCCUACAAGAUACUGGAGAUGUCAGCAAACUACUGCCCUGAGAUUUCAUCAUACAAGGAGGCAGUAGUGACUGGGUAUGACCCCUCGUCAGGUGACCUGCAGCUGGACAUGGUGUAUGACAUCACAGCCUACAUGAGGCAAAACCAACCCGGCAGAUUUGAGAUGGAUGUGGACCUGGAAGAACAGGAGGACAAAACAGACAACAAGGUGACAGUGGCAGUCUCAGCUCUGGUGGAGCCCAGACUGGUGCAGGGCUAGUCCAACUAACAACAGGAAGCUGCAACAUGCUAGUGUACUUCUGUAGUAUAGGAGUCAAAUUUAUUGAAGUGUGUAGUAAAUGAACAACUCUGCUGGGGUAUACUUCUCCAUGGAAAAAGGAUCAGCAUUAUACUGCUUGAACUUGGAAAGAACAUGGUGAAGAAACAUACCUAUCCCUGUGUAGUAGGUCAAUAAUCUAGUCCAACAUUACAUACUUGACCUUAUCCCUGCUGCCUGAUCCUGUAACCAAUUGGUAGCCAAACAUUUGCUUCAAUGAGCUAAAAGUUCGACAGGUCACCAACAUCCAAAUUCCCAAUAACUGUGAGAUGUACAUGGAUCUUUAGCAUUUCUUUUCAUCUUUAGCAAGUGACUAAGGUACUGUUCCAAUGUUGGUGCAUUAUGCCACCUGUAAGAUACGUUGGGUCUUCUAUUUUUUGUUACAGUUCUGUUACAGUUCACAAUUACAGUUCAAUCUUGAUUAAGAAUGACUUCUUCUAAUAGAACUUUCCAGUUAAGGGUCUUUCAUUAAAACAUUUGCAGAUUCCA